GGCUUCAAAUUUUAUCACCCGAAAGGAAGACGCCAUUUGUCACCGACCAAGCGUCCCAGAUUGCCCAUACCAGUGUCCGCGUAAGAUUGCGCGUUGCUCAGACGCUCAAGCUAGCCCCUCACCCCCGUUUCUUGUUUUCUUUUUCUUUCCCUGAACGCGGCGAGCUUGGCGGACUACUUUCUUGAGCGGAGCGCAGCGGCGGAGUGAUUCCCGUCGCUUCUUUCCGGUUCCGCUUGCGCUUUCCUCCCCUUUCGUGCCCCCUCUCCCUGGCGAUGCCGACGGCGGCUCGGCGCACGGCAACUUGUUGCAGUCGAGAACUAUCUCUGUGUGAGUGAAGUGCGCGCCGUGCGGCCAUCCGAGCGAGGCCUGGUGGUGGUGGUGGCUAGAUUUUUCGUUCGACCCUACCCGUUGCACCGCCAGCAAAGCGAGCUCGUCGAAAAAAAAAGGAAAGGCGCGCCGUUUCGCCGCCGACGCUACGAACGCCGGCGUCUCGAUCACGACUGGGACCGUACAAUCGGGAAUUAGCGAAGCAACGACCGCCGUGCCGAGCCGGCGAAGGAGAGAGAUGGCCAUGGAAAGCAUCGAAGUUGACCGGUCCCUCUACGACAUCGGCGACUCGGACCUCAAGGAGCUUUGGGCCCAGGAUUCCUUCGAAUCGGUGAGUCCACACUCCAUUGUUUCGCCUUUAAGCGAACGACUGGUUGCGCGCUCAUCCGGGAUACCUCGUGUGGCUGGUCCUGUUUUCGCAGGCGAUGCGCAACCCAUGGUCGACAUCAGCUCCGAAUCGGACUGGUCCACCAUACUGGACAACCCCAUCAUCCUGCACGACCGCAUGAUGUCCGACGCAGUCCAGUCGCCACGCAUCCAGUCAGAGCACUCCUACUCCAUGACGUCCAGCGACGAAGGGCCCGACUCGCCGCUCUCCAUAACGCCGCACAUCAAAAUCGAAGACAUGGACUCCGAGUGCUUCCCGGCGGUUCCCGUCUCCACAGUCACCGGCCAGUCGGACCUGGCCGCCGCCGCCGCUGGCGGCGUGGUGGUCAAGCAGGAGCCCAUGAGCCCGCCGCCGGCGCCCCCUACGAGCCCGCCUCCUCCGCCGUCCCGCAAGACGUCGAAUCGCCUGCUGUCCUCGGCGCUCGCCUCGGCGCCCCUGGUGGCCGGCUCGUUACCGGCCUCGCUGGCUUGCGUCGCCUCGGCCGCGGCUACGGCCGCAGCCGCCACUCACCUUCACCACCACCAUCAACAGCAGCAGCAGCAGCAGCAGCAGCAGAGCCUGCUCAAGCAGCCCACCAUCGUGUUGGCCACGGCCCGACACGAGCGCCACAUGGUGUACCCGAAGGUCAAGUUGGAACCACCCUCCGGCUUCGUGCUGCCACCUACGCCCCCGUCGAGCCACAGCAGCGACUCGGACGGGAGCCUGUCCCCGGUGCACAGCACCGAAAACCGCUCACCCACCAGUUUCACAGUGGCAGCCGGGGGAGGCAGUCCCGACGCCGCAACACCGUCAUCUCAGGGCACCUCAUCGGGUCACGGCCCGUCCCACCCCGCCGCGUCGUCAUCGUCGUCCUCCAUGAGCCGCCGCAGCCAGUCACAUUCGCGCGUGGCCGUGACGUCAUCCUCGUCGUCCUCAUCCUGCUCCUCGUCCUCAUCUUCGUCGCGCGGCUCGGCAAGCGGCGGAAGUCAGCUCAUCAGCAACCAGGCAAAGGGUGCCACGGGAGUGUUAAUACUGACAGAUGAGGAGAAGAGGACACUCCUGGCAGAAGGCUACCCCAUUCCCCAACGGUUACCCCUCACGAAGGCGGAAGAGCGUUCGCUCAAGAAGAUACGACGAAAAAUAAAAAACAAGAUAUCAGCUCAAGAAAGCCGAAGGAAGAAGAAAGAGUACAUGGAUUCCUUAGAAAAGAGGGUGGAGACGUUAUUGAGUGAGAACCAAGAGUACAAGAAAAAGGUUGAUGUCCUAGAGAACAGCAACAGGUCAUUGCUGUCACAGUUACAACGGCUCCAGGUAUUACUUGGGAACCCGACAGUAAAGUCCGAGAACCUUUCGACGGCGUCAAGGUCAUCGAAGAUUCAUAUGGACUUCGAGACCGACGACGAGCAGGUCGACAUAAUUUAAUUUUCACUGUCGUCUAGCCGUCGACUUCUGUUCUCCGCCGUGAACCGCUGGUCUUCAAGCCGACGCCGCUUCGAGAGUGCGAUACACCGUAUUCAAGAAUAUGUGUUGGGACACCGCGUUUUUAUUUCUCGCGGCUUCCGUGCUGGAACCAGCGGUGACGUACCAAGUGCCUUUCGACGGAGAAGAGCCUUCCUGCGCCGGCUGCGUGUUGCGUAGGGACAAUUUCUCAUCAACACAUCGCUCGGGUUUGAUAUCUUUUACCGUUGGUUCCGUGUACAUUUCCUUAUUUUUUUUCCCUUGGUGGUUCGACGUAUUGUCGUUUCUAUAGAGGCCGCCAACCUCGCUAAUCUGGCUGUGCUCGUGCUUCGUUGAGCAUUUGUCGUCUGCGAACUACUUUGUGCGUGCACUAUUAGCAGACGACAAUCCGGGCACGUGAGCAGGCGACGUACUAAGCGCGAACAGACGACACCGCUCGCGGAACCGGUCUGCUUACUGUAGCAGACGAAAAACCCCAGGCAGUGCCAAAACAAAGAUGGAGAACAGAGCAGCGAAGUUCUUUGUUUUUUCCUCUUCACCUUCUGUCACUUCUGUUACCGAAGUUUUUUUUUUUUAUUUCCUUCCACAGUUACCAUCUCCCUUCUGCGCUCCGGCUACACCGAUGUUUAGAAGAAACUUCUCCGCGAACGUUGGUUGGAAACGUUCGUGCGGGGAAGUUACAGUCUGUGUUUAUAUUUUUUACAGCGCCGUUGCCUUGAUGAAAAUAUUUGUGGAAUGCAUUCCUUAACCUUUGUUUUUAUUUCAUAUGCGAAAUGCAUCAAGGCAACAGCGUCUAUCACUUUCGAUAUAUAUCGUUUUUUUUUGUGUGUGUAAAUAGUCGCAUAUGCACUCAUUGUUGCUAGGAACGCUAGAAGAAAAGAGAGAAGACAACCACCAAAGUUAUCAUAAGCGUUCUUUUGAAAGAUGAUUGACACCCAGCAAUGUGCCUCUCUUUCUUGUUUUCAUGUACGAGAAAUGUCAUUACAAGUGUUUUAGUUUCUUUUAUGUUUUGUGCAAUAGCUUAUAGAGCUAAAUGAGACAUUCUGAAUAUAUCGAUGCCCUUCUUUGGACAUUUCAUGUUCACCUUCCGGCAUUACGUGUUACGUUGUACUUCCUUUUUUCUCUCUUUUUGUCGCAAUCACAAAUGUUCGGCUUUUUGUUGAUGUUCUGGAUUUGUAAGGUUUGGGAACACUUUUUUUUCUCAUGUUACUUGACUCUCUGUUCUCUUUACUUAUUAUGAUUGUUAUUUCUUUGA